UAUAAUGUUGUAUCUAUUUUAUUUUAUUUUUUUUGGCAGAUGAAAGAAGCAAUUAUGAAUCAAGAAAAACUCGCUAAACUACAAGCGCAAGUCCGCAUCGGCGGAAAGGGAAGCGCUCGCAGAAAGAAGAAGGUCGUGCACAGAACGGCGACCGCCGACGACAAGAAGCUCCAGUUUUCCUUAAAGAAGCUCGGGGUCAACAACAUCUCCGGCAUCGAAGAGGUGAACAUGUUCACAAACCAAGGAACAGUCAUCCACUUCAACAACCCCAAAGUGCAGGCCUCUCUGGCCGCCAACACCUUCACCAUCACCGGCCACGCUGAGACCAAGCAGCUGACAGAGAUGCUGCCCGGCAUCCUCAACCAGCUGGGAGCCGACAGCCUGACGAGCCUGAGGAGACUCGCCGAGGCCCUCCCCAAACAGGCUGCAGAUGGAAAAGCGCCGAUUGCAACAGUAGAAGAGGAAGACGAUGAUGUUCCAGAUCUUGUGGAGAAUUUCGACGAAGCAUCCAAGGAUGAGGCCAAUUAGAGGAAACGAGAGACGGCAGAACUCAGCAGGACCAUGCAGGGCACAAGAUAUUAGUUUUGUGUAAAGAAGUGGAGAGUCGGCAGUGGAAGCAUUCUGUAAAAUGUGCAACACCUCCAUGAAUUAUAUCAGCCUACAUUUCAGUCAUUAAGUCCUUUUGUAGAGUAGUACUGUGUAUUAAAACUGGGGUCUCAGUAUUUGGACGUACUUUAUUACUUAUUCCACCUUUCUGCCAGCAGGCACUCUAUAUGCUUUGUUGAGCUCAUGUGGUCUUAAUGUCCAGUUGGAAUAUGGAGAAUGUGCUUGAAGACGUAUCCGAUGCCCCGGUUGUACAUCUGUUUUCUGCGUUACUGAACUGUGGCCUCCC